AUGGCAGACGACGGCUACAACCCCGAGAAGUCGCGCAUCGCCGAGGACACGCUCGCCGACUUCCUCCGCGCGCCCUUGACGGGCGUCCUCACAGAGGUUCCGGGCAUUGGCCCCGCGGCCGCCAAGAAGCUCGCGGGCGGCGACGACGUGGCCGACCAAGUGACCAACACGUUCCAGCUCAUUGGCAAGUUCCUCCAGCUCAAGCGCAACGACGACGAGACCGACGAGCCAAUCGACUGCCCGACGCACUGCGACGCUUUCUGGCACUGGCUCAAGUCCAAGGGCGUCUCAUCGUAUCGCAGCGGUAUCGUCAUGGCGAUUGCGGAAAAGGUCAACACGAUGGUGCCGGGUGUCUACGACGCCUGCGACUUUAACUAG